AUGACACCUGCACCCGCCCCGGCCCGGCCCGCUGCCAACGAACCGGUUCCGAUGGAAAUCGAUUGCACCCACGCCCGCGGCCGCAAUAUCAUCUGCUACAACUGUCAGCAGCCCGGGCACAUUGCGCGGAACUGCCCGGAGCCCAAGAAGAAGCGCACGUUCUUCAAUCGGGCCACAAUGCUGGAAGAAAUCGAGAACGGGGACAAGGACAACGAGUUCCUGAAGGAGAUUGCCGAGAAGCUGCGCGAGAAGGGUUUUUGA